AAAAUAACUGUAGGGGGAGACAGAUUCACUGCAUUUUAUCGUUAUUUCGAGUGAGUCACCAUGCCUGUGGAUAUCAAUGAAUGGACAGGUUCUCUGGCUCUCGCAGAGGUGGAGGAAAAACCAGCCAAACCUCUUAUUGUCAAAUACGGCUCUCUGGAAAUUGACGCUCUGGGGAAAGUGCUGACGCCCACUCAGGUGCAGAACUGCCCCACAUCAGUUGAGUGGGAGGGAUGUGACCCCAGCAAGCUGUACACCUUGGCCCUGACCGAUCCAGAUGCACCCAGCCGAAAAGACCCCAAAUUCCGGGAGUGGCACCAUUUCAUUGUUGUCAACAUAAAAGGAAACGACAUCUCCAGUGGAUGUGUUAUGUCUGACUAUGUUGGUUCAGGACCUCCAAAAGGAACAGGUCUCCAUCGAUACGUGUGGCUGGUUUACGAGCAGUCGGGCAGCAUGAACUGUACCGAACCAGUCCUCACCAAUCGCUCUGGAGACAACCGUGGGAAAUUCAAGAUACAAAGUUUCCGUAAGAAGUAUGGCCUCGGUGCUCCAAUUGCAGGGUCUUGCUAUCAAGCAGAGUGGGACGACUACGUCCCCAAACUUUACGAACAGCUGGCUGGCAAAUAGUGCCCAUUUAGAGCUCGACUUAGUUCAAUUUUGAUUUUGAAUGGAAUAAAGCUAAAAUCAAUGUGAUGAUGUGUAAUUCGUGCAUCUUCUGUAAAGACUGACAGCGCAAACAUAAUUUCAGUCAAUGCCUUCCUUUAUUUACUUUAAAUCACAAGAGGUGUUGGCCUGCCUUCAGUUUAAAAAUGCUGACAAGGAAGUUCUAAACUUCACACCUUUAAUUAUAGAUUCAGGUCUAACUUGUAUCUGGCUGCACCUUAAACUUUAUGUAUUUGUUAUCGUACGAGAAAAUAAAAUCAGACUUUGGAGAGAC